GAGAUGGUCUGCAUACCGUGCACGAUGAGUGAGCCUGUCGACGUCCUUCUCUAUGGCCUCGGAGCCAUCGGCUCCUUCUACGCCUUUAUUCUCAGUCGGAAUGACCGAGUCCGCUUGACCGUCCUCGCCCGCUCGAAUUACGACUCUGUCAAGAAGAAUGGCAUCCUCCUCCAAAGCCAGAACCACGGCGAACACCGCUUCCACCCUCACAACGUAAUCAACUCCAUAGACCAAGUACCAGGCCCAUUCGACUACGUCGUAUGCGCGCAUAAAGCACUCGACCAAGACGCCGUAGCGGCGCGCCUCCAACCCGCCAUCAGCGACAAAACCACCAUCGUGAUCAUCCAGAACGGCGUGGGGAAUGAAGAGCCCUUUCGCGCGAAAUUUCCUUCCUCGUCUAUUAUAUCCUGCGUGACAUGGGUCGGCGCAAGACAAAACAGCCCCGGAGUCGUCGAACACACGAAAUCUGAAGAUAUGCAGAUCGGUCUAUUCCCGAACCCUAAUGUCGAUGCCGCACUAGAGAAGCAGCGGCUGGAUAUAUUCUCGACCUUGCUACAGACCGGUAAAACGCGCUUCCAGGUGCUGGACGAUAUCCAGCGCAAACGGUGGGAAAAAGUCGUUUGGAAUGCGGCGUGGAAUUCACUGACUACGUUGACGAUGCUGGAUACGCAGAGUUGGUUACAUUCUAGUCCCGAUGCGACGCCUCUAACGCUGCGUCUUAUGCGCGAGGUUAUUGAUGUUGGACGGAGGUGUGGGGUGGAGCUGGAUUAUAGCCUUAUUGAUGAGCUUAUGGGGAAGAUUAAUGCCCUGCCUGGGAUUGGGAGUAGUAUGCAGACGGACUGUAAGAGUGGACGGCCGCUGGAGGUUGAUGUGAUAUUGGGAUUUCCGGCGAGAAAGGCAAAGGAGUUUGGGAUGGAGACACCGGUUUUGGAUGUUAUCUAUGCGUUGGUGGUGGCUGUUGAUGUCAGACUGAGGGCUUCGCUGUAGUGGGACAAGUAUUUAGAGGGAACUAAAAUUUUUCGUCCUGUUGCUGCCCGAAUCAUAUUCUCUAUUCAGCAAUUAAAACCCUA